GUGUUGAGUAGAUGUGUGCAGGCUGCAGGAACACACCACAACGCUGCAGGUCAACUGGAUCAAAGGCCUUCUGUCGCAGAGCUGGACGCACGCUCCUUCACAGGAAACAGGUGCGUCAAAGAGGAAGCAGACGAGGCGACGCCAGGUCCACUUCUAGAGUCAUCAUCAUGGAAGAAGCAGCGCUCCACAAAAGUUUGAUGUGACACACGAGUCUACCGUCAGACCUGAGGAGUGGGCGGAGAAAACAGACGACCAACAAUGCGAUUGGUGGACAUGGCAGGGGUGCGCCUCAAAAGGGAGGCUGAGGAGGAAGAGCCCCGCCCACCUCCACCUCCCCCCUCACACCACUCCAACCACCAGUUUACCAGCAUGAAGAACAAGUUCUUCAAUGAGUUCACUCACCUGCCAAAUCAUAAGCUCAAGAUGCCCAUGUGGGCUGUGGGGGCCAUUGUUGUGGUGGUUCUUGCCCUGGUUGCCUGUCUGGUAUUCUGCAUCUACAAGAAGUGCUUCAGUAAGACCAAGAAGCCCAAGGCCCGAGAAAGGAAAGGAGGAGGACGCGGACGUAGAAAGAAGGAGAAGGAGGGAGAAGACGCAGAAGAGAAAAAGGAGGGAGAGGAAGGGAAGGAGGAGGAGGAAAAGGAAUCCUUGGGAAAACUGGAGUACACGUUGGACUACAACUUCACUGAUAAUCAGCUGAUAGUGGGCAUCCUCCAAGCUCAGGACCUUCCAGCUAUGGACAUGGGUGGGACCUCGGACCCUUACGUAAAAGUCUACAUGCUUCCAGACAAGAAAAAGAAGUUUGAGACAAAGGUCCAGCGCAAGAACCUGUGCCCUGUCUUCAACGAGACCUUCACGUUUAAGAUACCUUACAGUGAGCUGGGCGGUCAGACGCUGGUGCUGCAAGUUUUCGACUUUGAUCGUUUUGGUAAACACGACGUCAUCGGCGAAAUAAAGAUCCCGAUGAACAGCAUCGACCUAGGACAGCCGAUACACGAAUGGAAGGAUUUAGUUGGAGGAGAAAAAGAGGAGCAAGAGAAGCUGGGCGACAUCUGCAUUUCCCUCCGAUACGUCCCCACGGCUGGCAAGCUAACUGUUAACAUCAUGGAAGCCAAGAACCUGAAGAAGAUGGAUGUUGGAGGGCUGUCAGAUCCUUUUGUCAAGGUGGUGCUGCAGCACAACGGCAAGCGGAUCAAGAAGAAAAAGACAUCGGUCAAGCAAAACACGCUGAAUCCUUAUUUCAACGAGAGCUUCAGCUUUGAGAUCCCCUUCUCCCAGAUCCAGAAAGUCCAGUUGCUGAUCACCGUGUACGACUACGACAAACUGGGUAGCAACGACCCCAUCGGCAAGUGCUGGAUCGGGUACGGUGCCUCCGGCGUUGGACUGCGUCAUUGGUCCGAUAUGUUGGCCAAUCCCAGACGCCCAGUGGCUCAGUGGCACACACUGCAACCAGAGGAGGAGGUGGACGCUGCUCUGAAGGCCCCCAUCCGCUAACCCCCCCUAAUGUGAACAGCCGUGUUAGGCGUGUUUCAGAUGUGGGAACUGUUCCACCACAUCUGCAGCCUGAUGAUCCAGCAGCUGUUUCUGUAAAAUCCCUGGAGACAGACGCUGGUUUCAUUCUCACCGUGCUGUAGCAUAAAUCUGUAGAUGACUGUAACUAAAUCCUGCAUUCUCCUGGACUUGUGCUUUUGGAAUCCAAAGACGUGUUUUUCAUUAAUAGUUAAAUAAUCUUCCUCAUCACACCCCCACAGUUACCUCACCGCUGGCUGGGCGUGGCUUGUAGCGAGCCACUUCCUCUGAAGCCACCUCUCACCACCAGAAUAGUCUGCAGUCCAUUGCUUGUAUUAUUUAAGCUCAGAUUAGAUGAGGAUGAUUUAUUGUAGCGGCUGAACGCUUUUAUUUGUGUGACUUUCAGCAGCUGGCACCUCCAGAUGUUAGGUUACGCGAGGCUUUUAGCUUCUGUUGUUGUUGAGCUGGUUUUCUCAUCCUAGUUCUCCUCUUCUUUAAAACUCAGCUUUUCAAAACCAAAACCUCAUGGCUGUAGUCUGUCUUUAACCUUUGACCUUUCUCAUCGCGCUCGAACGGGACAAACAAGUGUCCGAUUUGUGUUUUGGGUGGUAGUGUUGAUGAAGUUGUGUAUCGCUGUUUAUUUCAUGAAUCACGCCAACCUGUUGGUGUCACUUCCUGUGUAACAAACACGAGUAAAUAAACAGGAAACUGCG